CGCCCGGCGCAUAUACAUACAGUUGGAUGUUGGAACCGACUGAGACUCAAUCUCACCCUCAACCUCAUCCUAACAUAUCCAGAGAGACUAAAGACACCAUUAUACAAUGAAGGAGUGCGCUUACUGAACUAAUGACCAACUUAUGCAAACGAGAGAAGCCGAACGCGCAAUGCCUGUGUGCGUCUGUGGAGAGAGCGCAUAGAUGAGAGCUAGAGGGCGGCGGCGCAUCGCUCCUCACGUCCGUUACCGCUCAAAUCCUUCAGUCCCGGGACCAUCCCCUGCCCUCGGUCUGUUUUGCGAAGCACCGGGACGCGUGACGCCUUCGGUCCUCCGUUCACCACCACAGCUGCUCUUGCGUCUUUACUGAAGAAACCCGACACGGAACGAAUAUUUCCACGCUGAGGAGUUUCCAAACUCCAAAGUCAUGGGAAAAAGAUUGGGAUUGGGAUUAGUGCUUCAGUCGCUGAUUUUGUGGGUUCUGCUCCAAAUAGUUGACGCGCAAGGUGACGAAGACUUCCUGUUAGGGUUGGGCGAGUUGCCGGAGACCUUUCCUAGCGAUCCUCCUGAGCCCCUCCCACACUUCCUGUUGGAGCCGGAAGAUGCUUACAUAAUCAAAAACAAAGCUGUCAAUCUGUACUGCACGGCAACGCCAGCCACACAGAUCUACUUCAAAUGUAACGGCGAGUGGGUUCAUCAGAGAGAACAUAUGAUAGAAGAGCGGGUGGACGAAACGUCGGGUUUGGUGAUUCGGGAAGUGAGGAUUGAGAUCUCUCGACAGCAGGUGGAGGAGCUGUUUGGUUUGGAAGAUUACUGGUGCCAGUGUGUCGCCUGGAGCUCUGCAGGAACCACGAAGAGCCGCAAGGUGUACGUCCGCAUCGCAUUUCUGAGGAAGACAUUUGAACAGGAACCGUUGGGGAAGGAGGUGCCACUCGAACAGGAAGUGCUACUGCAGUGCCGCCCACCUGAGGGCAUACCACCUGCUGAGGUGGAAUGGCUGAAGAACGAAGAGAUUAUCGAUCCUGCAGACGAUCGGAAUUUUUACAUCACUAUCGAUCACAACCUGAUCAUCAAACAGGCACGACUGUCAGACACCGCUAAUUACACCUGCGUUGCUAAGAAUAUUGUUGCUAAGAGACGCAGUACAACGGCUACAGUUAUUGUCUAUGUGAAUGGAGGCUGGUCAACAUGGACAGAAUGGUCAGCGUGUAACAGCCACUGUGGGCGGGGCCUUCAGAAAAGGACUCGUAGCUGCACCAAUCCUGCACCUUUAAACGGAGGAUCACCGUGUGAUGGACAGGCCAUCCAAAAACUCGCCUGCACCUCAAUCUGUACAGUUGAUGGGGAGUGGGCCGACUGGAGCAAAUGGUCGCUGUGUAACACAGAGUGCACUCAGUGGAGGAAGAGAGAAUGUAACGCCCCUGCACCACAAAACGGUGGAAAAGACUGUGAGGGAAUCACAAUACAGUCCCAGAACUGCACUGAUGGACUCUGCCUACAGACUGCGCCAGGUGGAGAUGAGGUGGCAUUGUACGUGGGCAUCGUCAUGGCGAUUGUCAUGUGUCUUGUCGUCUCUGCUAUCGUGGCCCUGCUGGUGUACCGCAAGACGCAUCGGCGCUUUCACUCUGACAUCAUCGACUCGUCUGUGCUCAACGGAGGAUUUCAGCCUGUUAACAUCAAACAGGCGCGCUCAGCGGACUUGCUGGCCGCAACUCCUGACCUGUCCACAGCGGCAGCGCUGUAUCGCGGCCCAGUAUAUGCUCUCCAUGACAUCUCGGAUAAAAUCCCCAUGACCAGCUCCCCUCUGCUUGAACCCCUCCCCAACCUCAAGAUCAAAGUCUACAAUUCCUCCAGUGCGGUGACCCCUCAGGACGACGUGACCUCUGACCUCUCCGCCACCCUGUCCCCAAAAGUCACCCACUCGCUUUUGGACAGCGACCCCAUGACCCCGCGCAACCAGACGCUGGCACGUACACGAGACCCCACGUGCACCGCGCUGGGGUCGUUUAACUCACUGGGAGGACAUCUGAUCAUACCUAACUCAGGUGUGAGUUUGUUGGUUCCAGCAGGAGCAAUUCCUCAGGGUCGUGUGUACGAGAUGUUUGUGACCGUACAGAGGACAGAGAGCAUGAGGCCGGCGGUCAGUGACGGGGAGGCCGUGCUCAGUGCAGUAGUCAGCUGCGGUCCUGCAGGCGCUCUGUUGACGUGUCCCGUCAUCCUCACUCUACACCACUGUGCACAAGCCCACUCAGAAAACUGGAAAAUCAUCCUCAAGAGCCACACGCAGCACAACCAAUGGGAGGAUGUUGUUGUGGUCGGAGAGGAGAACUUUACAACUUCUUGCUAUGUUCAGCUGGAAGACGAGGCGUGUCACAUCCUGACUGAAACUCUAGGAUCCUAUUGUCUGAUUGGCCAGAGUGUCUGUCCGUCAGCAGCUAAACGAAUCAAACUGGCCGUCUUUGGGCCUGUCGUUACAUCAGGACUGGAUUACCACAUCAGAGUGUACUACCUUGAUGACACUCAGGACACAUUAAAGGAGGUGUUACAGAUAGAAAAACAGAUUGGUGGGAAGUUGCUGGAUGAACCAAAGACUCUGAACUUCAGUUCCAGCAACCACAACCUGAGACUUUCCAUACAUGACAUACACACACAGUGGAAAAGCAAACAACUCACCAAAUACCAGGAGCUGUCAUUCUCUCAAGUGUGGAGUGGUUCUGUGAGGAGGCUGCACUGCUCAUUCACACUGGAGCGUCAGAGUGUGAGAGUGUGUGAUCUAUGCUGUAAGCUGUGUGUGAGACAGGUGGAGGGAGAAGGUCAGAUCUUCCAGCUUUACACAACUCUGACUGAGGACAUUCAGAGCAUUGGCACAUCCCUGACUGAUCCAGGCAGCAGUAUCACAGUGUUGACGGGUCCGAGUGCAUUCAGAAUCCCGCUCAGCAUCAGAACUAAACUCUGCAGCAGUCUGGAUGCACCACAUACACGUGGCAAUGACUGGAGAAUACUGGCACACAAACUCAACCUGGACAGGUAUCUGAACUACUUUGCGACUAAGACCAGUCCUACAGGUGUAAUUCUGGACCUAUGGGAAGCCCAACACUUUCCACACGGUAACCUCAACCAACUCGCCACCGUUCUAGAGGAGAUGGGUCGUCAUGACAACAGUAUAGCUUCCUUGGGGAAGGAAUAAUGACACUUGCGUUGGUGGUGAACGUUGCUAUGAUGAUGUCUAAGCAUAAACACAUGACCAGAGGAUAAUUGAGCUUGCCACUGUUAUUGAGCCAGAAAAACGAUCGAAUCGCCAUCCGAACAAAGACAAGUCAAGCAUUCGCAGUAUGGAGAGUCAAUGGCAUUUUGCAUCAGCUUAGUUCAGCAUCUUAUUUAGUUUCCAUGGAAACAUGGAAAUGGAUGCCACUGAUUUGGAAUUGAAUGCCGGGGUCAAAGGUGAACCAGGAACAGGGUCAAGACACUACAUAUUUGUACUAGACAACCAAACCGCUCGCCUAGAACCCCGAAUCACUCUUCAAAACCCUAAAACCCUUCCUGUUUGCACGUGUAGGGACUGCAGUGUUUGUGUAAAAAAACAAAAGAAAUCUCCUUCCUUUCUCGCUUAGUGAUUUUUUUUAAUGGAAUUUUGUGGUGUCAUCUAGUUGUUACAGAAACAAAUGCUCAUGUAUUAUAUUUUGAGACAUGAAAAUACAGCAUUAAGUGUGUCGACAGAGUACCUUAAAGUGGCCUUUAAAAUCCAAUUAAUGAUUUCAAUUGUAUUAUUUUUGUAAUGCCGACAUAUGUAAGAUGGACAUUAUUGUGUUUCUUUGUUGAACAAAAGUGCAUACGAGCACUUGCCAGGGAUUAAAGAAUAAUGUUGGAAGUUGAUAUUAGAUUUUCUGGAAUGCAUAGCAUUAAAUGUGAAUUCACACUGUUUUCACAGGCCGGAAUGUUCUGCAGACAUUUGUAGAAUGUUGCAUUGUUCAUCACAUCUAACAAAUUCACAUGUUCUCGGCAUGGAGUGUUACUGUUGUGCAUAAAAGUUUAACGUCAACAUUACGCAUACAAAAAUGAUCGUGGAAACUGUAGUUUCUGCAGAAAUGCGAUAUAAUGUAUAAUUAUUGUUAUUAAUGUAACACAUUAAUAUGAGAUUUCUUUCAAACCAUUUUAAGAAUCGUUCUAUCAUUUUAAUUACUUUUUAUGAUGACAGUGGUUUCUAAGUUAUCACAGUUUUGUUGUCGAAACAAUAAUUGUAGUAACUUAUAUUUUGUCAGAAGCUAUGAUUACCAUGGAAGAUUUUUGAAACGGGCUUUGUAUCUUACACCCUGUCCUAACCUGGUCAGCGUGACAGGUAAUUUGUCUGUCCAUGCAAGGGAUGGGAAUCAUAAGGAGUUUACUUAUUCCGGUUCCUUGAUGCUUUAUUAAUAAUUCUUUUAUUACUUUUGAGGAAGAAAUAUUUGGAAAUAAGAAAUGCAAUUAUUAUUAGAUUUACUACCCUCAGCAGCCUGUUACCAAAUUAUAAGAUCAUUUCAUAUUUGAACAAAACAGAUUUAGCAAAAGGUGUGUUUACAGAAUUUUACUUAAAACAUUUAUUAAAUUCAUUCAUUUUUAUGCAAUACCACAAAUUACAACAAAGCUCCUAAUGUAUAUCUUUAAAGGAAUAUUCCGGGUUCCAGGUGUGGCAUAAUGUUGAUUACCACAAAAAAUUAUUUUGACUCGUCUCUCCAUUUCUUUAAAAAAAAAAAAAAAAAGGCAGAAAUCGAUGUUACAGUGAGACACGUAAAAGGGAAGUGAACGGGGCCAAUAUUUUGAGGGUUUAAAGGCAGAAAUGUGAAGUUUAUAAUUUUACAAAAGCACUUACAUGAAUUCUUCUGUUAAACAUUGUGUAUUAUUUGAGCAGUAAAGUAGUUUAAAUCAUAAUUUUUACAGUCGUUUUAGGUUUUGUUGGCAUUAUAUCAUUGUGGCUUAUCUAUAACUUUACACAGAAAAGGUUAGUGAGCGAUUUUAUCACACUAAAAUCAUGUUAACACGCAAACUGUUUGUCUUGUGGCUAUGCAAGAUACAUAAAAGUAUGUGAACCCUUUGGAAUUACCUGCAUUUAUAAAUUUGUCUUAAAAUCUGGUUUGAUCUUCAUCUAAUUAUCAAUAAUGAACAAACACAAUCUGUUUUAACUAAUAACACACAAAUUAUUGUUCUGUUCUUGUACAUAUUGAAUACAUCAUUCAACCAUUCACAGUGUAGUUUGGAAAAAGUAUGUGAACCCCUAGGCUAAUGAUGUCAACAAAAGCUAAUUAAGAAUCAGGAGAUGGCAAACCAGGCAUCCAAUUAAUAAAACGAGAUUGGAGGUGUGGGUUAGAGCUACUUUGACUUAUAAAAAGCACUCAACCAUUUUGAGUUUGCAAUUUACAAGAAACAUCUGCUGACGUGGACCAUGCCUCGCAAAAAAGAGAUUUCAGAAGACCUACGAUCAAGAAUUUUUGCUUUGCAUAACGCUGGAAAGGGUUAUAAAGUUAUCUCGAAGAGCUUAGAUAUUCAUGUGUCCACAGUUAAACAAAUUGUCUAUAAAUGGAGAUGAUUUAUUACUGUGGAUACUCUCCCUAGAAGUGGCCGUCCAACCAAGAUGACUCAAAGGGCACACCACAUAAUGCUCAAUGAGGUAUAAAAAAGAGCCCUAGAGUGACAGCUAAUGAUUGAAGGAAUCAUUGGAACUGGUUAACAUCUCUGUUCAUGAGUCUUCUAUACGGAAAACAUGAAACAGCCAUGGUGUCCAUGGCAGGACAUCACGAAGAAAGCCGCUGCUUUUCAACAAAAACAUUGCUGUGCGCCAGCUGAAGCUCAGUAGAAGUUGAAUGAUGCAGCAAGACAAUGACCCUAAACAUAGAAGUAAAUCCACUACAGAAUGGCUUAAAAAAAAAAGAAAAUCAACUUUUGGAGUGGCCCAGUCAGAGCCUAGACCUUAACCCUAUAGAGAUUGCAAUGUGAAUAUUAAUGGGAUGUGUUCAAAAAAGACAUUAAAUAUUAUAAUUGUUUGUGUGUUGUUAGCUUAAGCACAUUGUGUUUGUCUAUACUUGUGACUUUAAUGAAGAUGAGAUCACAUUUUAUGACCAAUUAAUGCAGAAAGCCAGCUAAUUCCAAAGGGUUCACAUCCAUUUUCUUGCCACUAUACUUUUGAAACAGUGAGUAUUGUACAUUUACAGAUUGGCCCCAUUUACUUUUAUUAUAAGUGCCUUACUGGAACCCAUAUUUGUGCUUUUUUUUUUUUUAAAGAAAAGGAGGGGUAAGUCAAAAUAAUUUUCUGUGGUAAUCAAUAUUAUGCCACAAAUGCUGUCGAUUGAGCUAAACUUGAAUUAAACCCUGAAUAUUCCUUUAACUACACGCUCAUUUAAGGAACUAUCCAUUUAUUACACUGAUUUAAGUCUCACAAGCCUUAUAUACAAAACACUAACAAUUCUUGGUUCAUAUUUUGAGUCGGACCUGACUAAAUGAAAAUAAUGUGCAGGUCAACAAGUUUUUGAUUCACCAAAAAGUACUGGCUGAUCGAAGUCAUGCAUUAGGGAAUCAGACUACACGGUCACGCUGUAUGUUUCGUGCUGUAGAUUUAGAAGAACCGGCUCGUAAGAGUCAUUUCGUUUGAGAAAUGGACUACACUGACCCUAAAAAAAAUUAACCAUGGUUUCACUCUUGUAAAACUGCAGUAACCAUGACUUUAGUAACCAUUUUAUGCAAGAAAGACCACAAAUUAAUCAUGGUGUUACUAUGCUAAAACUGUAAAAUGUUACAGCCAACAAGGAACGUUGUUUCAGAGGUGGAGCAAGUUAUUACAUUUUGAUGAAAGAUUCCACAGACAAACAUUGAUUUCUUUAGAAUAACGUGCACCGAUGAAUCGUGAAUAGGAUCUACUGUAUAGCAAAUGGAAGACCCUAAAUUCAACUUAAGAAAUCCUUGCCUCGAGAGCAAGAAACUCUUGAGAAUGUUGAGUGUUUACAACCGGAAUAAACCAUUCAAACAUUUUUCACUAACAGUUAAUAAUGGUCUAUGCAACCUCUUUGCAAAGCAACUGAUACCACAUUAAGACUUUCCAUAACAGUUUAUGCUAGGUUACUUGUCAGAAUAAAUAUUCCACGACAGGAGUUCUGUAAACAAACACUCGUCACACUAAAUGUGAAUGAUAGUGUGCUUGUAAAUGUGGUUCCAGUGAUGUGACACAAGAGCUCAUUAUUUGUGGAUCUUUCUGCAAUAUCACUGCCUGCAGCCUGUGCCACACCGCAAACGUGUAAAAGCCUCUAACAAACUGCCAUUUCCGUACAAUUCACCAAGUCUCCAAAAGAGGAGAGGAUAUGGCGGACAAUAAAAGCCAAAUUUAUGAGCAAAACAACAAAAACACCCCGUAUUUAAGUGUCAAGCAUAGCAAAGCAUUGAAUAUUUCUGUCUGGCAUAAAUGCUGUGCCAACUAUGCAAUGUUUGCUUCUGUAUAGGAUAAUGACAGAAUUGCUGGCAAAUGUGCAUUAUGACUUGCGUGUAUAGAGAGGAUUUAAUCCAUAGAAUAAAGCAAGCUUCAUUAAAAAAACAAAGUAAAAAUGCUAUUAUGUCCGCAGCCAGUUUCUGUACAAAAUGUAUCUAAAGGAUUUUUUUUUUUUUUUAAAUAAAUUAUAUUUUUAAU